UGUAGCAGAUGCGUUUCCGGCGCAUGGCUUAGGGAAGAGAUAGUACGCAGGGGUGAAGGUAGAGCGACAUGUCGGAUCUCCAGGAGUCUGAGCUCGGCAAGGGUCUCAAGACCCCCCGGAAUAAGAAAUCUAGGAAAGUAGAUGAAUCAGAACUUCUCACUGUUCCUGAUGGAUGGAAAGAGGCUCCCUUCACAAGAGAAGAUAAUCCUAGAGGACUUCUGGAAGAAAGCAGCUUUGCCACACUCUUCCCAAAAUACAGAGAAGCGUACUUGAAAGAAUGUUGGCCAUUGAUCCAGAAAACAUUGAAUGAACAUCAUAUAAAUGCAGGUUUAGACUUAAUUGAAGGAAGCAUGACUGUCAGAACAACAAAGAAGACCUUUGACCCAUAUAUAAUAAUCAGAGCCAGAGAUUUAAUAAAGCUUUUAGCAAGAAGUGUCCCAUUUGAGCAGGCUAUACGUGUUCUUGAAGAUGACACUGCAUGUGACAUCAUUAAAAUUGGUACCCUGGUGAGAAACAGAGAUAGAUUUAUAAAAAGAAGACAAAGGCUUAUUGGUCCCAAUGGUUCCACUCUCAAGGCUCUGGAACUCUUAACAGACUGUUACAUCAUGGUUCAGGGAAACACUGUAUCAACUCUUGGUCCUUAUAGUGGUUUAAAAGAGGUUAGGAAAGUUGUUGUGGAUACAAUGAAGAAUAUUCAUCCUAUAUAUAACAUCAAGACGCUGAUGAUUAAGAAGGAGUUGCUAAAAGAUCCUGAAUUAAGAAAGCAGAACUGGGACCGGUUUUUACCUAAAUUCAAACACAAGAAUUUGAACAAACGGAAGGAACCAAAGAAGAAAACUGUUAAGAAGGAAUAUACUCCCUUCCCACCUCCCCAACCAGAGAGUCAGAUUGAUAAAGAGCUGGCAAGUGGUGAAUACUUCUUGAAAGAAAGUCAAAAGAAGCGUAAGAGAGUAGAGGAGACCAAGGCAAAACAAGCAGAAGCGAUUAGUAGAAGACAAGAAGAAAGAAACAAAGCUUUUAUUCCACCUAAAGAAAAGCCAGUUGUAAAACCAAAGAAGGCUUCUGCAGAGACAAAAAUUGAUCUGGAGGCUAUCAAGGAGAAGAUUAAAAAGGCGAAGAAGAAAAAGUUGGGAGCACCUCCAGUUGAGGAAGUUAAAUUAAAAAUUGCAGCAGAUGAAAAGAAAAAGAAAUAAUUUUUAAUGGUGGGAAGAAUCCACAGUCCAAACUUAUGACUGUCCUUCCUUGCUUCAUGAUACUGCCAUUGAACAUUGGAAAACACAAUUUGGUCACCUUCUCAUACAGGAAAGGCAGGAAAUAACUGAAUCUUCUGUUACAUACUGGAGAUUUUGGGGAAGCAAAAGCUUUCUGAUUCACAGUAUCCAUGAGAAUAUGUUCAAGGCAUAAGUGUUCGGAAGAAGGCUUCUACUUGCACAAUGCCGAUGAUGCAAAGAUUCUGUUCAGUUUGUGAAUAUUGCCUAAACAAACUCAGCAUUCUUUGUGAUGUCAUUUUUUUACUCUUGCAAAUGGAGUUUCUGUGAAACAGUAGGAAGAAAUAGUUUUAUAUAGAAAGUUGUUAAAUCUUCUUUCCUCCAAAUAUAAAGUAAAUUUAUGUGUAUAUAUGUAUGUUUGUGUGUUUUAGGAUACUAACUUAGUAAACUAUUUUGAUAUCUGA